UACAUAUUACAUACAUAACGUAAAAAUCCUUGUUGUUGUGUUGAACAAAAUAAAACUAUCAGUUCCUAUCUUGUUUGGUGGUGAAAAUUUUUUACUAUAAUCAUUAAACAUGUAUUUCCAUGAUUACGCAUCAACAAGUGGGGCCUCCUCUACUGAAUUAGACCCAGAACUCCCAGAGGUUGACUUGCACUUUGAGUCAAAUAAUAAGGAAGGAGAUGAGCUUCUUAUAGAUUUAAUAAAAAGUUACCCAGCAUUAUAUAACAAAGAAAAUAGUGAUUACAAAGAUGCUAUAGUAAAGGAAAAUAGUUGGAAAGAAAUAGCAUUUGCUAUGAAUUUAACAGUAUUAGAAUGCCAAACGAGAUGGACUAGACUAAGACAGUAUUAUUCCAAAGAACGGUUACUUAAUGAGAAAGAGACUCGUAGUGGACAGUCUGGAAGUGUUAGAAAAAAAUGGCCCCUUUUUGAUUCAAUGCUUUUUUUAGAGAAACAUAUCAAUAAACGUAAAACAUUCUCAAAUAUGUCCAGGCACUCCAUUCACUUGGCUAAGGAAAAUAUGAACCCCACAUCUGAAAAGUAUAACGAAGUUGAAAAUUACUCAAGCACUGUUUCAAAAUAUGAGAUUGCUAAGCGAUUAAAAAAAUCAAAAUUGGAUCCCAUUGAAAAUGCUUUCCUCAAUAUUAAUUCAAGUAUGCAAAGUCUUACAGAGAAACUCAUAGUUGGUGAUUCAGAGGAAAGUGAAGAAGACACGUUUGGAAAAUUAAUUGCCAAAGAACUUAAAAAGGUCCCAGAACCAAAAAAGAAAAAUCUGAAAAAGCAGAUCUUGGAUGUAAUCUACUCUGAAUAAAAUAUUUUUUAUUAUCUAGUGAA